CCGAAGACCGCAGAGGCUGCAGAGCGAGCGCGCGGAGAGCUUCGGAGACAUUUGGCGGGAGCCCGACACAGCGCUUUGACGCACGCACGCACGCACUAUGGACUACUGUUGAGCUCAGAGAAAAGACGCACAGUACAGCCGCUGCUCGCGCCUCAAAAACGUACUCGUUUGUGUUUUUGUUCUGAAGUUGAUUAUCGGCCGUUAUUUUAAUACAACUCUACGUCUAAGUGAAUCUAAAAGCAGGUCUGGCAUCAUGAAGUUGCUGCUUUUACCUGUUUUAAUGGCUUUUUUCGCCGUCGCCCAAGUUUUCUGCGAGGAAAACGACCCAAAAGAAGACGCUGACUACUGGACGAGCAGUAAUCAGAUUCAGGACGGCUGGCUCUCCAACGACCCAUUCAGAGAAAUCCUCCUGAGGAUGACGAGAAAGCCGCGGCCGCAUCAGUUCAUCGGCCUGAUGGGGAAACGCUCCAUGGCAAACGCACAGAUCACCCACAAAAGGCAUAAAGUCAACUCCUUUGUCGGACUGAUGGGGAAAAGAAGCCAAGAGGAGCCAGAGCCCUAUGAGUGGAGCACAAUACAGACGUACGACAAGCGCCGCUGAGCAAUCACCUCCUCUCCUGCCUGCUUCUCAUCUAGCCAUUCCUCAUCCACGGGAGGGGUGCCCGACGCUGCUUUUGUUUUCUCAGAAACUGUGUGUAGCUGUUAGUCAAAUAAAAUGAUUCUGUUUCCACAUUGUAGUGAUGUAGCAGUGCUGUAUCUGUGCCAGUUUCAUUCGUCCCAGCAGAAGGUGGAUCAGGAGGGGGAAUGGUGUCAUUAUCAAUGUUAGUGUUUUCUGUGAGCGUUUUCCACCAUCUGCCGUGCUACAAAAGACGAACUGUUGUUGUGGACCAUCAAUGCAAAGCUAUACCCUGGGGUAUGCUGAAAAUUGCACUGCCAAAGUCUCUGUAUAGUGCCUCAUAACUGUUUAAUUGCAACUGAUUGUUCUAUAAAUAACACACUGGUUCUCCUUUUGACUUUCAACUGACUUUAGAAGAGCUGUCAUGUUCUCCACCUGCACAUAUGGUGCAGUAUGACAGGAUACCUGUGUGUAAUAUUAAAAUUAUUUUCUUUACUGGUUCAACUUCAGCUUGCAAGUUGUGAAUUCCUUGUGAAAAAAAAAAACCUCGUGGUGUUCAGAGCAUCUGAAAAAGUGAGGUAAGAGCGCACUCCGUUGGACAACAGAGGUACUACACACUGACAAACCACUCCAGUUCCAAGAGGUGAAUUUAUUUUAGCAGCGAUUAGUACGAAACUCCAACAAUACGGAAAAAUCUAGUUAGGCAGAUCAUGGACAAAAAAA